AAGAAUUUGUUUUGGGUACUUGCUUUCCUUUAUAAUUUUCUUCUUCCUCGGCAAGGAGAAGAGUGAAGCGACCGCCACUCGGGGAACUGAAUAGAAAGCUCCGCUGAUCUCCGUCUACAUACCAAUAGAAAGCUCGCAACGUCGUCAAGCCUCCCUUUGAUGGACUCCUCCUCCAAGCGGAAGAGACGCAGCGGCGACGACGAACCCCGCCCCUCGAAACCGCGCGCAGCAUCCGGGGACGAUCCUCAGGCGACCGACGACGAGGUCGAGGAGUUCUUCGCCAUCCUACGCAGGAUGCGCGACGCCUCGCGCUCCAUCGCUACCGCCGGCGGAGGAGCUCGAAGCGACUCCAGGCCGCAGCCGCCUCCGCCUCUCCCUCCCCCUCCCGCUGGGCCCAGGUGGAGCCCCGAGUUCGCGUUGGAGGACUUCCAGGGCGACGGUCUUGCCAGGGACGGUGGUGCCGCGGAUAAGGUUGCGGAGGAGAGCGCGGCGAAGCCGUCGCGUUGCCUCGAUCUGAACGCCGACCCGGAGCCGGAGGGCUUGGCUGUGGCGAGCCCCCGCGGUGAGGCUACCGCCCGCUGCGCCCGUGCGCCCGCUUAGUCUUUCAAGCUCGAACUUCUUAGCGGUAAUGUUACCGGCUCUUAUUUUGUUUUCCUUUUAUCUUUGUACUGUUGUCUUUCCUCGAAUGAGAUACUUGGGUACUCCGUUAUAUGUGAAUAAAUUUAGUGUUUUGUCUACGAGAUUCAUAGACAUUUGAUGUUUUUUCUAAUACUAUGA